UAUACAUAUAUGUUGGUAAAACUACAUUGUAAUGCCCCAAACCCUACUUGGCCCGAAAGUCCCAUGUUAUCUUUAUUCCAAAAAUUGCCGGGGUCAGAAUCAAAUGUGGACGGUCGCACAAUGGCGUACGUGCUCCCGCCUUCUCUUUUCACUGCUUCAAUUUCCAAAUUUGGGGUUAGGAUUAGGGUUUCUGCAAGUUACAGCAGAUCAGUUCAGAUGAGUGUCUCCGCAUCAGAUGCUAAAUCCCUGUCGGCCGACCCUCAAAAUGAUGCCGGAAAGGCGGAGACCACCGACGAUCUGGUACAGUACGUGGUCCUCCGGCGGGACCUGAUCGACACUUGGCCGCUCGGGAGCGUCAUCACUCAAGGCUGCCACGCCUCAGUCGCUGCCAUCUGGACGCAUAGGGAAGACUCGCACACAUUGGAUUACUGCAGCCGUGAGAACAUCGACUCCAUGCACAAGGUUACACUUGAGGUAAAGGGGGAAGCCCAAAUUUUGAACUUGUCAGAAAAGCUCACAGCCGGUGGCAUUCUACACAAGCUGUGGAUUGAACAGCCUGAGAACAUUCCCACGUGUCUCGCCUCAAAGCCCUACUCUAAAUCCGUGGUGUCCUCAUUUUUUAGAAAGCUGAAACUCUGCAAGUGAUUGAAUUUCUAUUUGGUCCAAUCCCACCUACCCUGAUUCACAUGUAAGAUUUAUAGUUCAUCUGGACUGCCCAAUUGAAAUUGUAAGAUAGAAAAAAGUGUUAGUAAGUUGUUCCUUCUAAUUUCAGAACUCGGGUAGUACUGAAAUUGAAUCUCUCUUUCCAUAUCAGCCAUCCACACUGAGCUUCAUAGAAGAUGACAAUACACAUGGUGGAUGGCUAACUCUCUCUCUCUCUCUCUCUCUCUCUCUGAAUAAGAUGCUCUCGUGUUGAAUUCACGCAGCACAUGACAAUGAUUUCCACUAA